GUAACCCAAUUAAGAUAAUCUUAAAAGCAAACUCGCGAUGUCUGUACUUGACAAGAUGAAGGGUUUGCGCCGCUACUGUGGCGUUGAGCCCGUCGUGUUCUUCUAUUCAUACUGGUACUUCCUUGGCUUGCUUGCAGUGCUGCAGUUUGUUUACCAUCGUUUUAGCGAAGAUAAGGGCUUUCCUUAUCGCAACCUCACGGAGAGUGGAGAGGGAUGCGGAGGAGGAGGGUUUUCUCCAAACUCUUCGCUCCACGAGCUCGAAAUGGAGGUUCAAAGCGCAUCCUCCGAGCUGUACAUGUAUUACCUCGGUGUGUGGGCCCUCUCCAUAUCAUUCAUCGUCCCUUUCACGGGUUCGUACACUGACCGACGCGGACGCAAGCCUGGACUUAUAGCGCCUCUUGUCGGAGCCAUUCUCGAGACUCUAGUCUUGCUUCUGGUCUUGUAUUUCGAGCUGCCUGUGUACGUGUUGAUCGCGGGAGGACUGGUAAAUGGCCUUACUGGUAACGAGGCUACGAUGACCAUGGCUACAACAUGUUACGUCACUGACACAACGGAGGGUAAACAGAAGUCUUUCAGACUUUCAAUUCUUCAAGGGGUUUUCUUUAUUUCUGCGACUCUUAGUCAACUGACCAGCGGUCUUUGGAUUGACUACCUGGGUUUCAAGAUAACCACGUGGUUUUUGCUGAGCCUGCUGAUCAUACCGCUGAUCUACGUCAUUUUCUUUGUUGAAGAGUCCAGAGUUGGUAUUAGAAAUAGGGAAUCCUGUUUUUUCAGUCUAGGAAACAUCAAGCCCGUAAUACAAGUAUUCACAAAAACGCGGAAGAUAGGGCGAGGAAAUUUUCUGCUGAUAAUCGCGUGUUAUGGGGUCGUGUUUUUAUCCACCGUCGGUACAUUUUCCGUGUUUGCUCUUUUUGUCAUGCGCACGCCGCUAUGCUGGGGCCCAGGUAUCCUCGGUUAUUUUAUGGCGUACAAGUUUUCGUCAUUUGGGAUUGGGGCCGCCGUGGGUCUCAAGGCUAUGAAGUGGUGUGGAGUGAGUGACAUCAACCUGUGUAGGAUUGCGUUACUAGGGCAGGCGGCAACUCUGCUGACCAUUGGAUUCGCGGACGAGACGUGGAUUGUUUUUCUUGCGCCCGCCGUGGGAAUUCUUGGUGGCAUGUUCUCUCCAGUGCUUUGGGGGAAAAUGUCAACUAUAGUAGGACCUGACGAACAAGGGAGCCUGUUUGCCUCGAUAACAGUAAUCCAGACCCUCAUGGAGCUGUCGGGUACCCUGUUGUUCAACACCAUUUAUCCCGAGUCCAUGCGGUUUGGUAUGCCUGGGUUUGUUUUCUUCCUCAGCGCCGCUAUCAUGUUCAUUCCGUUCGUGAUUUUAAGUUGUAUACGCUUUCCUGAGGAUAACGUAUCAAAGAAGAACUCCCAACACGUGGAGGAAGAGAUGGACCUGUCGACACCACUAGGCCCUCAAAACACGUGACCUGGACCUAAACACCACGUGAUCCUCCCAUCAUGCACAACGAUCUCCGAGAGUAAGACACCACUUUAUGUUCUCAAGACACGUGAGCAGGACCAAAACACCACGUGAUUCUCCCAUGAUGCACUACGAUCUUCAACGAGAAAGACACCACUUUAUGUUCUCAAGUCACGUGAGCAGGACCAAAACACCAAAGUGAUUCUCCCAUGAUGCACUACGAUCUUCAACGAGAAAGACACCACUUUAUGUUCUCAAGUCACGUGAGCAGGACCCAAGCACCACAUGAUCCUCUCAUCAUAUAUCAACCUGCAUAAAACUAAUGUUAAAUAGCAAUUGUAUUUUUCUUCUAAAUAAAAAAAUAGGUGAUGA